AUGGCCUGGAAGGAAGGCGCAACAGUGCUGCUUCCCGCGUCAAGCAGCACAACAUCGUUUUGUCCGUCAUCUUUACAUCUGCAAAACAACUCAUCUAGCAUGUACCAUUCGGCGAAGAAAAGAAAGCUUUCGAACAAUGAAGACGUUGAGGAUAAUGUCCCCGAAACAAACAGAACCACCCUUGCAUCCUUGAGCAGGUCCGUCACUCCGCCAUUGACUACCCGCGCCAGGCCGUUUUCUCCCCGACAGCAGGACAAAAAGCCGUCCAUAGACGCUGCCUCUAGAGUCAAGCAAGACCAUGCAGUCGAUAUUGGAAAGCAGCCUGAAUUGAUUGAGCGAAAACGCCACGUCAUCCCAUCACCUAUACAGCUUACACAUAUCCGAGAUCUUCCUUCAGGCAAUAAUGUUGACACGGUCCAGUUACACGACAUCCUGGGGGAUCCCAUGAUCCGGGAAUGCUGGCAGUUUAAUUAUUGUUUUGACAUCGACUUCCUCAUGAGUCAAUUUGAUCAGGAUAUCCAGGAAGCUUGUUCUCGUUAUCCAAAUGUUGAGCCUAUUGUUGCGUAUAUGCCAGAGCCUUUCGGUACCCAUCAUUCAAAAAUGAUGAUUCUUCUUCGGCAUGAUGACCUUGCUCAGGUUGUUAUCCACACUGCUAAUAUUCUCGCUGGAGAUUGGGCAAAUAUGUCUCAGGCUGUUUGGCGGUCGCCACUUCUCCCACUAGCUCUGACGCAACACGACCUUGAUGCAGAAGUUGAAGUAUUCGGAACCGGCGAUAGAUUCAAACGUGAUUUAUUGGCUUAUCUCGAUUUUUACGGUAGGAAAAAGACGGGCGUAUUAGUAGAUCAACUUCGGAAGCAUGACUUCAAAACAGUUCGUGCUGCUUUGAUAGCCAGCGUGCCAUCAAGAGAGAAACUCAGUCGUGCGGAUUCAUCCAAGUCAACGCUAUGGGGUUGGCUUGCUUUGAAAGACGCUCUACGACAGAUUCCACUGCGAAAUGUUUCUCACGGAAAAUUUUCCCAUAUUAUUAUACAAGUCUCCUCGAUUGCCUCUUUGGGGCAAACAGACAAAUGGCUAAAGGAUGUAUUCUUCGAUAGCCUUUGUCCUUCAUCUUACGUUUCUAACAGAACUAAGACUAAGAAGCCGAGGUACUCUAUAGUCUUUCCCACACCUGACGAAAUUCGAAGAUCCCUGGAUGGGUAUGGAUCAGGAGGAUCGAUUCACAUGAAGUUACAAAGCGUCACGCAACAAAAGCAGCUUCAAUAUAUGCGCCCUUACUUGUGUCAAUGGGCUGGAGACAAAGAUUAUCUCACCACAAGAGCAGGUUGCCUAGAUUCUUCUAACAUCGAAGGACUUCGGACUCAGCCGAAGAAAGAGGCAGGACGUCGUCGUGCUGCACCGCAUAUUAAGACUUAUAUACGGUUCUCUGACGAGACAGCAAUGGAUUGUAUUGACUGGGCUAUGAUAACUUCUGCUAACUUAUCUAAGCAAGCUUGGGGUGCUGCACCCAAUUCAGCAGGAGAAGUACGAAUUUGCAGUUGGGAAAUUGGAGUUCUUGUGUGGCCGGAAGUAAUUGUUGGAGAAACGCGCAGAAAAGACGUUGCUAAGCAAGCAACUAUGGUACCUUGUUUCAAGAGAGACCUGCCAGAUUCAACUCUUCUUAGGGAUGAUAGUUCGGUUGUGGGAAUCCGGAUGCCUUACGAUUUACCUUUGACAGCCUACGGUGACGACGAUGUACCUUGGUGUGCCACGAUAAGCCAUGCAGAACCGGACUGGUUAGGUCAGACCUGGGAGACGUAA